UUUUCUUUAGUUUUCAUCUGUCUUCCUCCCUUCUUUUUUGCCUGCCUUGCCUUUGUGUCUCUGAGGCGGAGAGACACGCAGACGCCUCCGGGGUGUAUCGACAGCUGGUAGCUGCCGGUCGCAGCUUCCAGCGGGCUGGGGCAUUGAAAGCGUUUUUUCUGCUGGUCCGAUCGCGCGGCUCUUUCUUUCUUCUUUCUCGACUUCUUCUGUUCUGUCUUCACCCAUUCUCCGCGAAGUUCGCGUUCUGCAUCCUUUUUCCACCCCCCGGAAGUCCUCCUUUCCGGAACGAAUCCCCCUCGAGUGUGUCGCGUUCGUCCAGGCAACAGACACCGCAGCCGUUGCUUCGAGUGUUUGAGUGUUGUCGGCUGGUUUUUCGCUCGAGCCUCGCGGGUCUUCUUCAGCGUCGUGCUGCUUCCUCGUGAAGCAUUAUCCCUCCGUCCUUCCGCUUGCUUUUCUCUUUUCCUUUCCCUCCCCGCGGUUUCUCACAGCUUCGACUCACCCCGGCGUCCACCCGCGACUCGUUCUGCCAGUCUCGCCUCCUACCCAAAGCGGCCUGCGCCCCCGUCUCCGGAUCUCUUCCCGCCGUCAUCAUUCUCUCGUUUCUCUCUCUUCCUUCGCCCCUCCUCCACGCGUCAACGGCGUUCUCUCUGUCUCCGCCCUGUCUCCUUUGCGGCUGCAGUCAUGCCGGGUGUCUUGUCGAAAGGCGCCUCCUCUCCGGAGGCCCCGGCUACGUCCCGGGCGAGUCUCUUCGCUCUCUUCAGUCGUUUCUGCCCAGACAGAACGCGCAAGCGCCUGUUCCUCGCCUUCUCUUCCCUCAUCGUUUGCAGCUCCUGCAAUCUGGCAACGCCUACGUUGCUCGGAAUCGCUAUUGACGCCGCUUCCUCUUCUUCUCGCUCUUCGUCUCUCCCUUCUUCUCUCUCUUCUUCUUUCUCUGCUUCUGCGGGGGCGGGCUGUGCGCCUGCGACGGGUCUCUUCGCCGGUGUCGGCUCGGUCCUCUCGGGAGUGUGGACAGUUCUCGGUCAAGUGUUGUGCGGCGGCGGGAAGGAGGCGCUGAAGAGUCAGCCGCCGAAGGUUCUCUUCACGUUGAUUGCAUGCGUCGUUUGCCUCGGAGCGUUCUCGAGUUUCCUGCGAACUUCUCAGCUGGAAACCGCCGAACACGAAAUGCGUAUGGAAGUCCGACGGCAACUCUUCCGGACGCUACUGUACAUGCCUCCGUCGCUCUUUCUCUGUCGCUCCCCGGGCCAUCUGUUGCCUCUCUUCACCGAGGACACCGAGGCGCUUGUGUCUGCGUUGACGCAGACGCAGGCGCAGGCGCUGCGGUACACGAGCAGCGUAGUCGGCGGCUCUUCGCUGCUGCUUCUCAUUUCCCCGCGAGUCACAGUCCUCGCCCUGCUGCUUCUUCCACUGGCAGGCUGUUCGGCGAUGCUUCUUGCCAAGCGACUUCGGCGCCUCCGCAGCAUUCGCGAGAAAGAAAUGCAGGAGUGCACUGCGUUCCUCUCCGACCGGCUCUUCCACGUGAAGACGGUGUACAUACACCAGGAGCAGGAGCAGGAACUCUUCCGCCUGCAGAAGAGACAAGACGAGGCUCUGGAGGCAGCGAAGGCCGCGGCGGUUGCCAACGGCUGCUUCUUUGGAGGUCUCUCGUUUUCGAUAAACGCGACGGUCCUCGCUCUUCUCACCUAUGGCACUACUCUCGUCAAGCAAGGCGUGCUGUCUUACGGCAACCUCACAACCUUCGCAGUGUAUUCGUCCAUGGUCGGCGUCGGCUUCAGUGGCUUGACUGCGGUGUCUUCGGAGCUCGCGAGAGCUGCAGAGGCAGGCGCGCGUCUGCAUGCAGUUCUCUCUGUCGGCGAGACCUUGCGACUGCCAGGCACUUCGAGACAGCGAGAGCUCCCAGAUGCAAGAGAGCAGCGCAAACACAAGAAGCAGAAAAGGGAGGGACAGGAAGAAGAACAAAGGAAAGAGCGUGAGGAAGAGGGGAAAUCGGAGCGUGAGAGUCUCCCGCUCUUGGUGAAGAUUUCGGAGUUCGAGGAAGGGCGGGCUGGACCGGAGGAUGUUGCCCAGCAAGUUGAGGGGAAGAUUGUUUUCUCAAAUGUCUCUUUUUCCUACGGGAGAAGCAAAGAUUUUCAAGAGCGUUCCGCACCCACCUCGUCCCUGGCGUCGCUGCUUCUUCCCGCGCAUGCCUCUGAAGCAAAAAACGAGGGGCGCGAGAUCGGCGAGUCAAAAGAGACACCGGAGACAACCGGAGACACCGCAGCCCUCAAAAACGUUUCCCUCGUCUUCCCUCCAGGCUCUGUCACUGCAGUCACUGGCGCCAGCGGGGCAGGCAAAAGCACGUUGCUUAAACUCCUCACCCAAGAACUUCGCCCGCAGCAGGGAACAGUCACUCUGGACGGCGUGGACGUCCAGGCGAUUCCGACGCGUCUUCUUCUGCAGAAACUCAUCGGCGUCGUAAACAACGAAAGCACAUCGUUGCUGACGGGGCUGAGCGUACGGGAGAACAUCACGUACGGUGUGUGGACGCCACCUGCGACUCCCGAGCCUGCCGCAGGGUGUCCAGAGCUGUUCUUGGAGGUGUGUCGGCUGUGCAAAGUCGACAAGUUUUUGUCGGCUCCCAACAUAAGCCGAGAGAACGAAGUGGUGGAGGGGGCGGCCGCAGGCUUCAGCUCUGGGGAGCAGCAGCGACUGGGCCUGGCGCGGGCUCUGAUCAAGAGGGCCUCGGUGCUCGUUCUCGAUGAAGCGACUGCGCACCUGGACGCGGAAAACGAGCGAUUGCUUCUGCAGACGUUGCGAGAGCUCCUGCAGAAGGAGAACUCCACUUUGUCGACCGGAGAAAGCGAGCGAAACGAGACGCGUCUGUUGACAGGCGCCGUCAAAACAGUGGUCCUGAUCGCGCACAGCAAAGCGGCGCUCCAGAUGGCCGACUCGGUCGUCGUGCUCCGGGCGGGCGAAAUCGUGGAACAAGGAUCUUUCGAGACACUUGUCAAAGCCAAUGGAGAACUGGCGCGUCUCCUGAAGCUGCAGGAACAGUCUGGGGAUACGAGUGAGAGAACAGCCCCGAACCACGCAGAGAAGUAGACGCAGAACCCCCAUCGCAGCUCGCAGGGGAGCAUGCGGAAAACGAGGAUAGCCGAUCAGGCGAAAAUCCUUUUACCCUUGCGUACCAUCACGUCUUGAAAGGCACAAGAACGAGGACGCUCUAUGGAGACUCGCGGCUGGGGGUGCACAGUCAAAGACAUCUUGGGUGUAAAGCACUGCGUUUUGAUGUCACAUCCGAAACGCAGGAGCGCCCCGAAGUUGCCAAGGUACCAGCAUUGUACUGGAGAAACGAUGGUUUGUUCUCGAAACCUGACGCGUGUUGAGGAUCCUAGGUCCUCUAUGGUGUCGGCAGUCGCAAAGAACUUGAUCGUCUGUACCUCUUGGCAGGAGGCGCGUUGUGUGUGUAAGUCAGAAGACGCGAGAAAGUCCGGAGAAAGAAGGAGUAGCCACGCCCUAAACGAGAGAGACGGUGCCCACAUGCAGAGAACGCCAGUUACGAGUAGCAGGAUGCAGUGGCAGAUGUACUACCGGACCUGUCCUGACGUCACGAGGCGUAGUAUUCUGCUCUUCUCUGCAAGUCUAAGGGUGUAAACGUUCACACCAAAACUACAGUGUGUUCACGCUCGCAGUGCUUGAAAACGAUUUCGUUUUUCGCGAAGCGUAGCGGGAGGUGAGCUGGUGCUGUUCGGGGUGUAGGGACCGUACGAAUUCCGAAACACGGGGGAGCGCACCGAGGAAGCCGUUAAAGCUGAACAUGCGGUAGAUUUCGACAAAUUUUCAGUGCGUGAAUAUUAGCGUCGAACUGUCAAUUGUACAUGCGAGUUUUGGAAAAGGACUCAGUGUGGAGGGUAUCGACAUACGUAAAAAGAGCGGCGAUUGAGCGGAGAGAACAAGACACCGGGUUUAGUGGCGAGAAACAAGCAGGGAGAGAAGACAGAAGCUUCCAGGGAGUGGCCGUGGACGCGAUUACAUGUGACCUGGACAGUGGCGAAGAAAAGAACUCAGAUUCGCUUUCCUUUGAUCUAAGGAGCUCAAACAGCUACAAGCGGUGAAGAUGUGUUGCUGCAAAAGUGGAAAGGGCAGAACGUGGUUUUUCAGAUGUAUGCUGGAUACCCCUACGGAGUCACAAACUCGAUUUUCGUCGUUCCCGUGAGACAUGUGCAUGGAGACGGAGAGACGCUUGACGGUUAAAACAAGACCAUGUCUCUUUCUGAGCUUUUUGGAUAACGGGGCUCAAUCAAACAGACUGGGAG